AUGUCAAGCGACACAUCAACAAGGUCGGUGGAAAAGAAGAAGACAAUCACAAAGACAUUAAUGAAGCGUCUAAUAGGCGUUGUGGCUGACUUAACUCAUGAAGUAGACCAUGUAUUACAGAAAAAAGGUAAACCACAUAUAGGGUUUAGUGGUGGGGAGGACAUGGUUUUAUUCCCCACAAACGUUAUUGGUGUUCUUUUGGCAGUGCUAGAUUUACAAAUGUGGAUAGUAAUCAUUUAUAAUUCAGCACAAUCUAUGAAUUUAUUUAAUAAGUACAAAGUUAGUGGAGAAUUCGAAAGUUUUGGGGAUAGUUUUAACUCAGAGCUAGACGUGAUUGAGUACUGGAAUUAUUUCCCCGAUGGACACAGAGACACUGCAAUUGUGAACUUUAUUGAAGCUAUAGACAUGCCGCAGUAG